CCUUUUUACUUAAAGAGCGACCACAGAAGCUGAAAUCUGCACUUUGCCUGGGAGGGGCUACAAGUUGUAAAAAAAAAUUAAAAAAAGUCUUAUUAUUUGCCAUACUGAAUGGACAUUGGACAUUAAUUUCUGUUAUUUUCUACUGCGCUAAUCAACCAGGGACCGCCAUGGAAAAAGUUCGUUGCAACAUGACAGAGUUUUGGAAGGAGCACUCCCAAGCCGCCACCGUGGAGGAGAUGAUGCUGGAUUCCCGAGCCAAAGAGCUGACGGAGAAUGAGCUGCCUGAGAUCCUGUCCAUGCUGCCUCCCCUGGAGGGACGCAGAGUGCUGGAGCUGGGAGCUGGGAUUGGCCGCUUCACCAGCCACCUGCUGACCAAGGCAGCCCAUGUGACCGCGGUGGACUUUAUGCAAAGCUUUGUGGACAAGAACAGGCAGAGCAAUGGUCACCAUAGCAACGUCAGCUUCGUCCAAGCCGACGUCACAAAGCUGGACAUCCCCCAGCACAGUAUCGACUUUAUCUUCUCCAACUGGCUGUUGAUGUAUCUGAGUGAUGAAGAGCUGAAGUCCUUCAUGAAGAAAAUGCUGAACUGGCUGCAGCCUGGUGGCUUUCUCUUCUUCAGAGAGUCCUGCAACCACCGCUCAGGUGACUGCAAGAGAGAUUUCAAUCCCACCUGCUACCGCAGCGAGGCACAGUACACUCACCUGGCCACUUCGGUGCAGGUGGAGGCACUGGAGGGAGGCCAAAACUUUGGUUUCGAUAUUGUCUUUAAAAAGAGAGUUCAGACUUAUGUUGAGAUGAAAAACAAUCCGAACCAGAUGUGUUGGCUUCUGCAGAAGCUUCCUCGCUCCUUAGAUUCUCAGAGUGGUUUUAGCACAUUCCAGCAGUUCCUGGACAACCAGCAGUACACCAGGCGAGGCAUCCUGCGCUAUGAAAAGAUGUUUGGGGCUGGCUAUGUCAGCACAGGCGGACCCAGCACAACCAAGGAGUUUGUGGACCUGCUGAACCUGAAACAUGGACAGAAGGUUCUGGAUGUAGGCUGUGGAAUUGGAGGAGGAGAUUUCUACAUGGCAAAGAUGUUUGGGGUGGAAGUGCUUGGCUUGGAUUUGUCCGACAACAUGGUUGAUAUUGCCAUUGAAAGGGCAAGAGCAGAGAAGCUGCCAUCAGUGCAGUUUGAGGUGGCAGACGCUACUAAGAGGACGUUUCCAGAAGGUUCAUUUGACGUGAUCUACAGCAGAGACACAAUUUUGCACAUUGAUGACAAACUGGAUCUCUUCAAACGCUUCCACUCCUGGUUAAAGCCGGGAGGUCAGCUGCUAAUCAGCGACUACUGCUGCGGGGAGAAGCCGUGGAAUCCAGUAUUUGAGGCCUACGUCAAACAGAGAGGUUAUAUCCUCUACACACCGUCAGAGUAUGGCAAGUUCAUUCAGGAAGCUGGUUUCUGCAAUGUUCGAGUAGAAGACCGAACAGCCCAGUUCAUCCAAGUGAUCCAGACUGAGUUGCAGAGAGCAGAGGACAUUAAAAAGGAAUUUAUCCAGGAAUUUUCCGAGGAGGACUAUUCUGCAAUAGUUAACGGAUGGCGGGAAAAGCUGGAUCGCUCUAAAAGUGGAGACCAGCGAUGGGGACUGUUUCAUGCUACAAGGAACUGAGUGACUUCUCAAAAAGUGAAGGAGAUAAGCAAAUUAAGGCUGCUUUUUGAUGAGUCUUGUAAAAAUUUAUAUCUUCUUUCAAUUUUAAUGGCUUGCAAAAUAAAAAUAAAAAAAAACAUUUUUUGGAUCAAAAUACAAACCAGGCAAUGGAAAAUCCUGCUGUUUGUUGGUGCAAGAUUCAAGUCUGGGCAAUAUUUGCCCUUGCUUUAUUAUGAUGCAUGAAGGCAUCAGUAACUCUUUCACUUUGCCUCACCAACAUGUGGUUGUUAUCAUGGUCAUUUUUGACAAGCAUGUAUUUUCCUCUCCAGAUGAAGAACUGUACAAAUCUGGAGACGUAACAUAAUUCUGUGAUCCGUUUGUUGCUCUUAACAUCAGAGUUGCAUGAUUUACUCAAGGUUUUCUCAGAUCUUCUCAUAACUUUACCAAAGCAGAAUUAAUAAAUGUUUGGUUAAAGUAA